CUCCCCCAUCGGAUUACGUGGGAUGGGAUUUUAUUUUUACGGGUCUUUAAAUAAAACAAAAUAUCAUUCUUAUCCUCCUCCUUCCUCUCAUUGUUGUCGUUCUCCGGUCCCAAGUUCCCAAGCUCUCCAUCACUUUUGUCACGGGCGCCGUAGCGGUAGCCGGUGCUACUCCGGCGUCAAGGUUUCCAUGGAUCAUCUAUUGCGAUGCUAGCACAUUUGUUCUUGUUUUGAAGUCCAUCAACUCUCCUACUCUUCAAUUCCGAUAAGUCUCUGACCCUUAUCCUUUUUUUGUUUAUCCAUUCCAGUAUUCAUCUACAAUUUGGUAGUGAUUAUGUUUGUAAUUGAUGAGUAGUUAUUUUGAGGAUUUUUCCCCAAUUGAUGAAGAUGAUCAUGGGUAUUUCUUUUAUUUUUUUAUAUUUUUGAAAUUAAAAUUGUGAAUAAUCAUUUUUCUUUCUUGUUAUUAAUUAUGUUUGUUUAUUCUAUUUGGAUUUAUUUGUUUCUUUUGGACAUGGUAAAGUUCUAUUAUCAAGUGGGUAUUUAUUUCAGUUGGGUUUAUUUUGUUGUUGGGAUUACUUUUCCUCUGUUUUGAUUUUUUUAUUUAAAAAUGAAAAUAGAACUAGAAU